AUGAAUCCCAGCGCGAAUAGGGAACAUAUCAUUUCCAUUCAGUCCCAUGUUCUUGAUGGGUUUUGCGGAAACAACAUCGCUUCCUUCGUGUUGAGGAGGAGGGGGCACGCCCCCAAAAUCUUCAACACGGUUCAGUACUACUCCAAGUACAAGCACUUGGGGGUUGAGAUGAAGCAAGAGGAAAUGAAAAUCAUUUUGGGCGCACUGAAGGAGGACUUAGCCGCCGCGGGGGAUUACCUUUGGAUUUGCGACCCAGUAAUGGGAGACAACGGCAAGCUAUACGUCGAUAAGGAUGUCGUUUUAGCAUACAAAGAGUGCAUUCCCUUUGUCGAUAUCAUGACCCCGAAUCAGUUCGAGUUAGAGUUACUAUGUGACAGGAAAAUAAAAAAUGAGAGCGAUGUAAUCACAUGUGUCCGUUUUUUACUAAACAGAGGAGUCAAAUUAAUCGUCGUAACCUCUGUUCAGUAUUUGUUCGAUAAGGAUCACCUCUAUCUAUAUGUUGCCUACCAAAACAGCCAAGGAGAGCUAGUCGCCUAUAAGUAUAAAAUAUUCAGGUUCGAUUUUGACGUGUGUGGCUCUGGUGAUUUGUUCGCAGCCCUGCUACUCUCCUUCCUCAUUAGGCACCGCGGAAAUGUCCUGCUGAUUGUUUCGAAGGUUUUGAACAUCGUACACAAUGUGAUAAAGAACAGCCUAAGCUCAGGGGAACUGGACAUAAUAGAGAACCAAGAUAUAAUCGCCAGCGACGGGCUUUGUGGCAGCUUCAUUAAGGCGGAGCCCGUUUGUGCAACCCAUCCCACAACCUAA